AUGCAUCUGCCAGUGCGUCGCCAUAUCCCGAACGCAGUUGAAAGAGCCGCCUUGGAAGGCAAAGCCUCUGGCGGCAGUCAAAGCUUUGACACCGCCCCGCCAUCGAAGCGGGAACGGAUUCUUCGAGAAAAUCCUGCUUUGAUAGAGCUCGAGGCAGCGCAAUACAGGAGGCGCGACGUACUGGCGCGUAUCCGCGUGCACGAAUACAGCCAGACCGAUGCUGCAUGCGGCAGCGACACCCUCAUAUUCGACUCCGUGUUCGAAGGUGGCAACCUACAGCGGGCCGAGCGCAUCCUCCGCUUGACACCAAAAUCCGUGACAGCGUCUCGGAAACCACAGCAAGAGUACAAAUUACUGGUGCACCCGGACAUCGGCGUGACCUAUCGCUUCGCUCUUGUGAACCUCUCGAAGAGGGAGUCGCUGUUUGGGCGAGGCAUGCAGCCUGUAGUGUACUCGGAGCAAGACGCUGCAAGGAAAGGCGUGGGCUGGUGCCACCGCGGCACAAAUGUGCAUUAUGCUGAAGACGUAUCGUCUGGUGAUAACAAUCUGAGCUUCCACUACGAAUUCGAGCAUGCGGGCGAUCGCGUCUACCGCCUCGCCGGAAACUCGUGCGACCUGCUUUCCAUCAUAUCCCCAUGCAAGGACGGCGUCCCACCGGAUGAGCGCUGCAUUGUUGCUUUGUCUGCGCGCGUCAAUCCUGGUGAGCCCAACAGCAGCUGGAUGAUGCAGGGCAUGCUUGACUACCUCACCGGACCGAGCAAUAGCGCAGUGAUCCUCCGACGUCACUUCAUAUUUAAAGUGGUGCCCAUGCUGAACCCGGACGGUGUUAUCAAUAGCAAAACGCGCGUUGGUCUGGCUGACUGUGACCUCAACCGGAAGUGGGGCAACCUAAUUGAGCAGCUCGCCCCCACAGUGUACCAUUUCAAACGGCUGCUUGCGCACUUUCAGGUUCACGAGCGUGUAGCCAUUUACUGCGAUCUCCACGGGCACAGCUUGAACCAUAACUUUUUCUCCUACAGCUGCAGCAGUGAGAAGUCCCCCAUGGAAACCCAUCUGCUCGCUACUGCAGCAGAGCAUGACGACGGAAGUCGCGUUUGCAAUGCCGCGCGAGGACACCACUCCCCAAGCUUCCGGCUCGAUAGCUGCGACUUCAGCGUGCAGAAGUCAAAGGCAGACACUGCGCGCGUCGUGGUGAACCGAGGAUUGGGUGUGACCAACAGCUACACACUGGAGGCAAGCAUCUGCGGGCCAGAUGCCGGAGUCUACAAAGACACCCAGUUUUCGACCUGGACCUUCAGGGCAUGGGUAGAGCGAGAGCUUGAUCGCAUAUUACGCCUGCACCAGGCCACCAACAACAGGCCAUGUCGGCGGCGUCAUCUGCCACUCCGUGCGACUGCUUUCACGAGCCACGACGAAUCCGGCGAAGCUGCAGAUUUUCACGAUGAUCUGGCACUCGACGCCGUUAGUAUCAACGCUGGCGCUACGACGACUCUACCUCUAUUCGGGACCGAGUAUCAGCACACUCAACAGGGUGUGGCUACGUUUGCUGCAGAUACCGAUGAAAACGAAGAACAAGCUGGGAGUCACGCACCUGUUCGAGAGGCCGACCACCCGCGAAAAAGCUCACCACUGGGCUUGCAAGUAACGAAUGCUCCUGCAGCAACAAAUGCUGAGCCCAACAGCAUGAAGGUGCAAGAGCACUACCAGGCCGCAACUGCGGCGCACGUUAUCGACACCAAUCGCAUUUACGAAAAGAACCGCCGCUACCCGACGCGCGAGAUCUAA